AUGGUGAAAAAUGCAGAAUUAUGGGAGUUGGCACGAAAAAUUGAAUCCUUUGCCGGGUUUACUGAAGACAUUUUGGCAGACCCUACGUUUGUGGAUUUAUUCACACAAAUCAUUGAGUUGAGAGUGGACGCUGAGAAAGUUCAGGGGGAAAUUGGUGGAUAUCGACAGAAUGUUGAUAACCACAUUACUGAAAUCUUGGACUUUCGUACCACAACUACGCAAAAACUGGAGGGACUGCAGAAGGAAAAUGAGAACCUUCGUGCAGAACUCGUCGUUUUGUAUCGGGCUGUGGCCACGUUAAGUUUAACUCGUGUUGAAUCGUCUAAGGUAAAGAUUCCAGAACCUAAGGCCUUUAGUGGCGCAAGGAGUGCUAAAGAACUGGAAAAUUUCAUCUGGGACAUGGAGCAGUAUUUUACCGCUGCAAGGGUGCCAGACGCUGAUAAGUUGAACAUUACCACAAUGUAUUUGUCGGGUGAUGCGAAACUUUGGUGGAGGACUCGUAAUGCAGACGACGUAAGUGCUGGUCGUCCUAGGAUUGAUACAUGGGAUAAGCUAAUCAAAGAAAUGCGUGAUCAAUUUCUUCCUAGCAAUGCAUCUUGGCUUGCAAGGGAUAAAUUGAAAAGGCUAAGGCAGACGGGAUCAGUGAGGGAAUACAUAAAAGAAUUUACCUCUGUGAUGUUAGACAUACAAAAUAUGUCUGAUGAGGAUAAACUUCACAACUUCAUUUCGGGCAUGCAAGGCUGGGCUCAAAACGAACUACGAAGGCAGAAUGUUAAAGAUCUGCCCGGGGCUAUUGCUGCUGCCGAUUCGUUAGUGGAUUUCCGGACGACUCGUCCUUCGACAGACAUCCCCUCCACGUCAAAAACUAAGAAAAAGAAUGAGAAGAAAGGGGAAUGGAGAAAGGAUAAUCGUAAAGACAAUACAAAUGAUAAAGGAAAGGCACAAAUGAAGGAUGGGAAAGACAGGCCUAAGAACAAAGAUGGAAAUUCGAAGGGCUGUUGGACUUGUGGUGGUCCUCAUUUGGCCAAAUCUUGUCCAAACCGGGAAAAAGUGAAUGCUUUGCUUGCUGGUAACGUGAAUCAAAGGGAGGAGGAUGAAGAAAUCGUGGCUGCAAUGGCAAACCCAUUGGGAUUGUCCUUCAACCACAUUAUGGGGAUCAAUAAUGUUGGAGAGAUCUCUAGUACUUCGAAUCCUCAUGCCUCCUUAAUUCAUAUAGAAAUGAAAGUGAAGGAACAAUGUGUGAUGGCAAUGGUUGAUACAGGGGCCACACACACGUUUGUAGAUGUGAAGAUUGCUACAAAAUUGGGGCUGAAGUUGUCUAAAAGCCCUUCCUACGUCAAAACAGUCAAUGCUAAGGCACAAGCCAUUGUGGGCAUGGCUUAUGGUGUGUCUAUGUCAACUGGAAGUUGGGUGGGAAAACAUAACUUGAUGGUGAUGCCGCUUGGUGACUUUGAAAUCAUACUUGGGAUUGAUUUCCUAAGAAAAUUUCAGUUUGUUCCGUUUCCUCACUUAGAUGGAGUGAUGGUCAUGAAUGGAAGCAAUGCUGGUUUUCUCAAAGGUGUUCAUCCGUUUGGGAACAUUAAUAAAGUUGCAAAGAAGAAAGACAAGGGAAUGUUGUUGUCUGCUAUGUCAAUCGACAAAGGGCUGAAGAAAGGUGAAGACACUAUACUUGCUGCCUUGGUCGAAAUUAAACCUGAUGUGAAAAUAGAAGUGCCUGAUUGUGUUGGGGAAUUGCUUAAACAGUAUGCUGAUGUUAUGCCGCCUGAAUUGCCAAAGAAAUUACCACCAAGAAGGGACAUUGAUCAUAAGAUUGAGUUGCUGCCUGGUACGGUUGCUCCUGCACAAGCUCCAUAUCGUAUGGCUCCUAAAGAAUUGGUUGAACUACGCAAACAAUUGAAUGAAUUGCUAGAUGCUGGGUUGAUUCAGCCGUCUAAGGCUCCAUAUGGUGCUCCUGUUCUAUUUCAAAAGAAACAGGAUGGAACAAUGAGAAUGUGUGUAGACUACCGGGCGCUGAACAAGGCAACUAUAAAGAACAAGUAUCCGGUUCCGUUGGUGCAAGAUUUGAUGGACAGGUUAAGCAAGGCAUGCUGGUUCACAAAACUUGAUCUGAGGGCAGGCUAUUGGCAGGUUAGGAUAGCAGAGGGUGACGAACCAAAGACAACAUGUGUAACUAGAUAUGGUUCUUAUGAAUUCCUUGUAAUGCCGUUUGGGCUGACUAAUGCCCCGGCAACCUUUUGCAAUUUAAUGAACAAUGUACUGUUUGACUAUCUUGAUGACUUUGUUGUUGUUUACUUAGAUGAUAUUGUCAUAUAUAGUCGAACGUUGGAAGAACAUGUUAAUCACCUAAGUCUGGUUUUGUCUCAAUUGAGGAAAUACACGCUUUAUGUGAAGAUGGAAAAGUGUGAAUUCACUCAACAAGAGAUAAAGUUCUUGGGGCAUCUUGUUAGUAAAAAUCAGGUUCGAAUGGAUCCUAAUAAAGUGCAGGCCAUUGUUGAUUGGCAGGCACCUCGUCAUGUGAAGGAUUUGAGGUUGUUUGCUGGCUACUCAAAGAAGGCAGCGUCUUUGACAAAUUUGUUGAAGAAAGAUGCAAAGUGGGUUUGGUCCGAACGGUGUGAAGAAGCAUUUCAGAAAUUAAAGGAUGCUAUCGCAUCUGAACCAAUACUCAAAUUGCCUGAUUUUGAGUUACCAUUUGAAGUGCACACUGAUGCGUCCGACAAGGCAAUUGUUGGCGUAUUAGUGCAGGAAGGUCAUCCAGUGGCCUUUGGAAGCAGAAAGUUGAAUGAUGCUGAACAAAGAUACUCAACACAUGAGAAAGAAAUGGUUGCGGUGGUACACUGUUUGCAGAUUGUAAGUAAGACCAGACAUCGGGGUUUGAUUCAUAAGUACGAUGGUCCAUUCGAAGUGGUGAAACGAGUGGGCGAAGUUGCUUAUAGGUUGAAGCUGCCAGAAAGGUUGAAAAUUCACCCCACCUUCCAUGUGAGUUUCUUGAAACCUUACUUUGGAGAUGAAGAUGAUCCGGACAGAAACAGGUCAAAGAGAGCUCCUCCAUCAGUACCUACACAAUAUGAUGCUGAAAUUGAGAAGAUCCUUGAUCACCGGGUUUUGGGCACAAGUAAGAAGAAUACUAAGACUGAGUUCUUGGUUCACUGGAAAGGCAAGAGUGCAGCAGAUGCUGUUUGGGAGAAAGCAAAAGACCUAUGGCAGUUUGAUGCUCAAAGCGAUGACUAUCUCAAAACAGUCUCGAUGAGGACAUCGAGUUCAAGUGGUGCGGGUGGUCUGUUAGACCCGCAAUCUACUUGA